AUGCAGCAUUUUGGUAACAUCAACAAAAAUAUUGAUUACUUGCAACAAGAUUUAAGUACUAUUCAAACUCAAGCUCCAGAAUCAGUUGAUCAAGACAAAGUUAUCUUUAUUAAUAAGGAGUUAAAUAGUUGGCAAAAAGUUCAAAGUGAAUUCUAUCAACAAAAGUCUAGAGAUCACUUUAUCAAGGAUAUGGAAAAUAAUACUAAGUACUUUCAUAUAAUAACAAACAGGAAAAAGAAGAGAAACAAUAUAGACUCUAUACAAGAUCAUAAUAAUCAAUGGCCUCAUACUAGAGAGGAUAUUGCUUCUCAUCUCACCCUUCAUUUCAAAGAUAUAAGUAGUUACAUCAAUCCUACUCUUGAAGAAGGGUUUCUUCAGGUUCUGCCAUCAAUUAUUUCAGUUGAAGAUAAUAUGCUUCUUACAAGAACUCCUUCCAGUCAAGAAGUUUAUAACACUCUAAAAAGCAUGGAAAAUUGGAGUGCUCCAGGUCCAGAAGGGUUUCAAGCUGGUUUUUACAAAUGUCAGUGGAUUUUAGUUGGUGAUGGCUUUUCUUCUUUACAAGAAAUAGGAGCAUCUUUGAUAUCAGUGGAAGCCUCUGGUUGA